AUGUCUAGGCACUCAACAUCUCACGACACCUGUUCAUGUCAAAAACAACCGACAAAUAAGAUGCAGAUUGCAGCGUAUACCACUUGCGAACCCUCUAAGUCAGUAACACAUCAACAAACAAAAUUACCGAGAGCGGUGGGAGUUGGAAAUUUAAAACUAAAAUUAUAUGCUUUUACAAUGGCCUCAGCAGAUACAUUAAAGAUAUUGACUUCAGAACUUCAAGUUUUCGAAGAAAAACCUAAAGUUAUUGAGGGACACAAAAUUCACGACUGGUUCAAAAUAGGAGAAAAUAUAUUUGAACACUUAUAUGACCUUGGUACACAACUUCAAUGGGACUUCUCAAAACUGAAAGACUCACCGGAAACGGCUAAUGUUAUUGCACUUGUUACAAAAAAUUUCAAAUGGAUUGAAUGUUUUUUAAGCCUCUAUCCUAAUUUAAGAAUUGAUUUGGAUAUGGUAGGUUCAGCCGGUGAUGUGUGCAGAACCCGGUCAGGCCUUGAAACCUUACUGAAAGGAUUUGUUAGCAUUGAUCCUCAAUUUGAUAAAAUUCUGGACAUUUUGGAAGAUACUGCAGAAGUUGAUGAAUUUGAUAGAGUUUUAAAGUUAUGGAUUGAUUCCGGGCAUAGGCCAGAUUUUUCACCAACUGAUUUACUUCCAACGACCCCUGAGUCUCACUGGUGGUGGUUUUAA